AAAUAUUUAUAAAAUCGAAAGAAUGAUCGAACGCAUUGUAAGCAGAAAGUGAAAGUACAAUCAGACGAGUCUUGCCUGUACAAAUCUUUGUUGACGUUGAUAUCUGAUAUCCUAGUACACAAAUGGUUCUGGGUAAUUUCUUACAAUUUUUCAAAUAUAUACUUUUGAUCUGUAUAGCCAGUAGAAUUAGUGACACUUAUAAACCCAAAGAAAUUGUCAAUUUGAGGGGAAUUAGGAUUCACGCUCAUUACAUGAAGUUAGAGAUGAGUGACAAGGAGAAGAAAAAGUUAAGAUAUGCUUUGGACAUCGUCACAAGAAAAGUAUCAUCCAUCCUUAAGGUUAUACCAAUAGAGGGACCAUUGCUGUUGAAAAGAAAGGGCGGAUGUUUCAAAAAAUGGACACAAGGCAGAAAUAUAGAUAAAUGCAGAUUUUAUGACAGAAAAUAUCCUGCCGUUGGAGAGCUAUGUUCAAAUGAAAUUGAGAUUCCCAGGGAACACCUGACUGAGCUGUCUGUGUGGGGGGAGACAGAGGAGGAACCACUUGAUGUGAGGUACCCCCCGGGGGAGGGACUGAGGGACACAGAUUUUGUGGUGUAUGUCCAGGCAGUCAGCACCAGUUCCUGUUUAGAGGAUGUCUCUCAUUUGGCUCAUGCCACAUACUGUUACCAAGACGACAGGGGAAGACCUGUUGCUGGGUACAUCAAUGUUUGUCCUCAGAAGGUGUCUAGCCUAGCAAUGGACAGGAUCCAAAUGGUGCUACUCCAUGAACUGUUACAUACACUUGGAUUUACCAAACGCCUGUUUGAAGAUUUCAGACAAUGUUCUUUAACAGAUGAGCUGUCAGGUUUAUGUAACGACUCAGAUAUCAGGAAUAACCCUGUACAGACAGUUAAUGGGAUCCUAAGACUCCUCACACCAGCAGUAGAGAGAGAAGCCAUCAAGCAUUUUAACUGUCAACAGGACAAAUUUGGACCAGCUCUGCAGGAAGAGAGAGGAGUUCUCUCCCACUGGGACAGUUACCAGAUGUAUGGAUCUAUUAUGACUCCCAGUCCAGGACCACCACAUUUGACUUUCCUUGAUCGCAUGACUCUAGCCGUUUUUGAGGACAGUGGAUGGUAUGGAGUCAAUUACAGCCAAGCGGAUGAUUAUCAGUGGGGCAAAGGUGAAGGAUGCAAACUUCCAUCAUCAUCAGACCACAUGUGUAUUCCAGGAGAAUACGGUUGUCAUUUUCUUCACAAGGACAAAGGCAUUUGUAAAUCUCAAGGUACAAAGGGAGGCUAUUCUGUCUUUAUCCCACAACCAGGGCUUGAGUGCUCCAAGGGAUACAACUCUACUACAUCUGAUUUUGAAAUACUAUCAAGCCAGAGUCGUUGUUUCAGAUCCAAUCUUACUGCACAGAAUAUAUCUGUGGAAAUGACAGGACACUGUUAUCUGCAUCGUUGUGUUAAUGGUAUGUUAAAUGUUAAACUGAAGAACAUGGGAUGGAUGACAUGUCCAUAUGGAAAGUUUGUUAAGGUGGAAAAUCUUACAGGUGUGAUUUUAUGUCCAUCUAGAAAAGACAUCAUAUGCCCAAACGACACAAGCUUUACUAGCCUGUCAACAUCUACAGUUGUGUAUGACAUGACAGAGCCAACAGGGUCAGAUUUUCAUUCAUCUGCUUCCUGCUCUAAAAGGAUUUAUCUAUCGAACUUUACUUCAAACUUUUAUAUUUUCAUAGUGAUGUUACUCUCCACUGUUAAUAUUUGCAUUAUCAUUUUUCGUUUAUGAAAUUUUCUAUAUACGUGUCUGCGUUUUCAUAAAUGUGUACAUAAAAAGUUUCAUUCACAUAAAUUCCAGUUUACAGUUUUGAGACAAAGAAAACCUCAAUACUUUUGCUCUUGUGACUUUUUCAAAUGAUAUUGUCUAUUUUAUUAAGUUUAUAUAGCCAUAAGAACUCUAAUCCGACUAUUCAAUGAUCCUUGCAAUGUUCUAAUGAUGUAAUAGGAACAACAUUUUGUUCAACAUCUGUCUGUCUAUUUGUUAGUCCAUAUGCUUCAUGUACUUUUUAUCUUUUUAUAAAACUGUGAGAGCUCAGAUUUUUAAGGCAGCAUUUACAGUAUAAAUGUAUGUCCCAACAUACGUGUAUAUAAAUCAUUUCUGGCAUCUUAAAUUUCAUAUUUUCCUUUAGAAAUCCAAGCAUUUUGCUGGUCAGUCGGUUUACAUAGGUACUGAAAAAUAUAUUGCAAUAUAAUGUUUUUUUUGUCAAUUGAUUGUAAUAUGCUGAAUCUAUAUUAUUGCACAAACCUUCCAAUAAAAUUAUUUGAAAUGUUAA